AGCCAAGGAAUUUAGACGCUGUUGCAAAUUUAUCUAAAGAAAUUACAGAAUCAUUUAGCUCUAAUUAAAAUACAAGUAACGCCAUCCCAGGUUUGAAUCGGUACUACGAUGAGACGAAUAAACAUUCUACUGUUCUACCAUGUCAUUAAAGCGUAGCGUAGAAAUAUGAAAAAUAGAUUCAGAACUGUUCCAAUUAAGAAACUAAAGUAUUGAAGUAAUUGGUUGUCGUUUAUAUGUGAAGUGCGAAUGAAUAUAGAUCUGAAUAAUACUGUUUGUCCCCCGUCAUUCCGUUAGAAAGCGUUUUUCAUGAUAAAUUGGUUAAUGCAGAACGGUUCUCAUUGCUGUGUACAAUACAUUGGUGGAAUAAAUGAGAUUGAGAUCAUCGUCAUUUUAGAGUAAUGGACAAGUAUUUUUUGUCAAAUGCCAGUAUUCCCUCGACGUCGCAAGGUCUUUUGGGCAAUAUGAAAAAUGGUGUGUCCUGGCGAAAGCGCAUCACUAGAAAGAAGAUUAAGUACAUGCUCAUGAGCGUUGUCGUGGUGGGCGUCUUCUUCGUGUCAUAUCAGCUGUUAUAUUUCAAGGAAUUGAAUCGAGUAAUUAUAGAUAACCUGAUUGGCAAUACUACACAACUGAGUAAUAAAAUCACAACUAAAAAUGAACAUCUCAAAUGGAAUGAACCACGUCAUUCAAAAAUGAUACAAGACGCGGAUGGUCAUGCUAUCUCCUUGAGAGGAACACGUGAUCAGGAUAUCUCGAAAUAUGUCCCUAAUGCCAAAAAGAAGUUUGUUUGCAUAACAUCUGGAGAGGAAAUUAACUUCAUAAAGAUUAACGAUGAUUAUUGUGACUGUCCAAUGGAUGGUAGCGAUGAACCAGGUACUAAUGCCUGCAAUAAUGGUGUUUUUUACUGUGGAACUUCGUCUGCAGCUUAUCCAGCUAAAAUCUCGUCAUAUAAAGUCAAUGAUGGAUUUUGUGACUGUUGUGAUGGAUCUGAUGAAUGGAAAGAGAUUUCAGUGAAAAGUUAAUUUUGUAGAUCGUGUACAUAGAGGAAUACCAUACAAAUCGGGGUGUCCAGAUCGCUGUUGAUAUAAUCAAUAGGAUAAUAUAUACGAGGUAAAUGAUAAUAUCUUAAAGACUGAGAAAACGAAUUUUGGAUUUGUAAAUAGUAUUACAUUUUGCAGAAGAGUAAAUAUAUUCUUAAUAAAAUAUUUUGAGCUUGUGA